CAAGGCCCCUACAUCAGUGAGGAAGUCGACAAGGAGCAGAUCACUUGGUGCAGCUACACCGAUUCACAAUACUUUCUCUUCGGACAGUCUCUACCCGGGCUUGUUCGGAGUCAGCCAAUGGUGCGUGAGGAUUUUCUUUGCGUGGAGGCGCCGAACCUCCCUCCCUCCCAGUCAUGUCUCUAACCCAGCUGUUGUGCAGACUCCUGGUCGCCGCUUUCCUGUUUCGCUGGGACCCCAUCCUACUGGGACUGCUCUUCCUCUGGUGCGCCGGCUCUUGGCUGGGCGACGCUGCCUCCGAUGAACGGGACCACAGCGCCGCUACCGACGGUCGGAGCCCACCGGAGACCACGGUGAGCACCUCGUCUGUUGCGCCGCACUCGGUGAUACCGAGCGGGCUGAGUCAGAUUUCUAUGCAGGAAGUAAACCAACCUAAGAAUCAACUGGAUGUGACCGAUGGAAGUGUUCAGAGUUCACUCCUUCAUCAGUCACUAAAGAAAGUAUUUGAUUGCAGUUACUCCCAAUUCAUCUUGUUGUGGUAUAACCCUCCUGAGGACACAGCUAAUCAGCCACUCUACCAGGUCCUGCUUGAUGAGUUUAACACAGCCGUGGAUUAUGCAGUGGGGAAAAUCAGGAAUCUGAACUACACCAGAAUAGAACUUGGAUUGAUUCAGAUCCUUACUAUCCAUUUACGAAUUGCCAAGGAGGAAAAUAAGAGAGAGAAGGUUUUCCAGACUCGAGAAGAUGAGGUCUAUUUUCUGAGAAGGAGUGCAGAAGCCCUGAUACACAAUCUGUUUCCAGAUUCAUUGUGGAAAUUAAACUGUUACCAAUAUCUGAUGAGGGAAGUUAUUGCACUGAAAGUAUUGGAGGAAACGAUAAAUAUGGUUUGUGACGCAGACUUUAUCAAUCAGUCAUUGAUUAUGUUAUUGGAUCAAGACUCGCUUGCCCCUGAAGGAGAGAAUGUCAUCCCAAAUUCUCCUGCCAGCGCUGAGAAGAAUAUUAAAUUCACUCCUGAGUACGAUGUAGCCGUAGCUAAAAAGGAAAGGAAAUUGAAGGAAAAAGGUGUGUAUCGUAAGCUGAAAAAGUUUAUUAAUAAAAUCUCCAAGAAAUCCAAAAAGAAGAGAUACAUUGAAGCUGGUUCAACAAUGAAGCACAUGGAUGAAGUUGAUGGAAUAUGCAAUGAUGAUGAAAAUAUUGCCCUGCAAUUCAAAUGUGCAGCUAUCAUCCCUGAUGAUGAAUUCAAUUCCUCCCAUAAGGUGUUUGAAUGGCUGAAAGAAAAUAUUUAUGACUCAACUGAAGAACAGUCACCAUUAACAAAUUGUAGGAUCACCAUUUCUGAGGUAUCCUGGGAUGAAUCAGAGGAGCUACUCUGCACAAUAGACAUAGAAAACCUUGAAGACACGGAAGAAUGCUGGUCUGUGAAAAGAACAUUCCAUGAAUUUCAGGACCUUCAGAACGAGCUUAGCAAGGCAUUCAGCUCCCUUGUUGAAACAGAGCUGCCUUCAGUCAACGGCUUGCCCUCCGACAAGAUCAGCGAUGAACUCGGAGAAGACCUUAAGCUUCAACUGACUGGGUUUUUAGAGAAGCUGAUCUCUAAUGAGUCCAUUUUGUGCAAUGAGAGUGUACUUAACUUCUUCUCACCCGGUGAUCGAGACUACUGGGGGCUGCUAACUUCGCUGUUUUCUGAGGAGGAUGAGGAAACUGAUGCAGAGAGCGAUGCUUCAGAGGGCCCAUGUGACAAAGAUCUGGGUCAUGGGGAAGAAGCUGUUGAACCUCAUGAAACAAGUCUAUCAAAUGUGGAACUCCAGGACACAAAGUCUGCCGAACUACUUCCUUCUACAAUAAGCAGCGAGGACACAGAUCAUGAACCUUCCUUCCGGUUCAUGCCAUAUAGACCUGAGGAUGAAGAUGUGCAAAAAGCCAGAAGGAGAAGCAAGAAGGUUUCUGGAAGACUUGCUGAACUACCUGAAGGAAUUGCAGGCCAAUUUCACAAACUCCUGGAAGAAAUAAUAUGUAUAGAGCAAAACAAUUUAAGGAUAACAGUUGUAAUGGGAGUGGUAAAAUAUAUACUGGCAAUGAGGAAAAAGUCUCUAAAGAAAUAUCUCGACUGGUUCUUCAGUAAAGAGCAGGUAACCUGGUACAUAGAUCAUCUAAGAGAGGUGUUGUGGCCAAAUGGAAAGCCUGUCUGUCCAUCUCCAGAAAGAUCCGAUGAAGAAAAAGCCUCUGCAAAAGAGAAAGCUAAAGAAGUACUGUUGAGAAAAAUUCCAGUUUUUUUCCGUAUGUUUUUGCCUGGAACUGAAAUUGUCAACAAUCUAUUUACUAUAUUUCAAGAUACGGAAGCCAAUAAGCGAUUAGUAUAUACAAUCCUGGUGUUUCUGCUUUUUGAACUCAUUCCUGAGGUAAAGGACUCAUGGAAAGGAGAUCCAGGGCUUUGCCUGGAAGACCUCGCUGUUGACUUGUAAAAUGAUCAACCAAUAUGAAAAAUGCCUGGAUUCAUGAAGAGUGGCAAAUGUUAGAAAUAUACCUGGCGUAAGGAUAUUUUGCAGCCUCCAGUAUUUCCUCCUCUGCUGUUAAAUCACCUGACUGUGAUGGAAGAGCAGAUUGUGGGAGCACAAAUGUUUACAGUUCAUUUCCAUCAAUGACUCGACUCUGUGAUGUUGCUAGAUAUCAAUUGUUACUUUGAAGAUACAUUACGUUUGCUACUAUUGGCUGAAUCUCCACAAGUGCCUUAAAGUUGGUGUUAGGACACAGAAU